UGCGUUGCCCAGUCUCGCAGGGCGGCUGCGAAGCAAGUCACUGACACUAUGCACGAGGCGCGUGUGGGCUGCGUCCGAAGAUGGUACGCCGAGAAGCGCAAGUUGCCGAUGCGGGACAAGUCUCCAGCCCGAGAUAUCCUUAUGGAGCCGUGGCAGUACAUGCAGGUGCCUCCUCCGUUCGUAGGUCACGCCAGACCGGGAGUCUACAAGGCUAUGGUCCAUUGGUGGACAAGCGCCGAGUUCAAGAGGAGGCACAUAGCAGGACAGCUAAAGAGAGCUGCGAUGAUAGGUGGGUCACACACGCAAGGCAGCAUGCCCAUGACCGUCAUCAUGCAGAACAAGGAAAAAGAGUUAGGCACGACGCCCUCGAUGUUUCUGGUGUGGAAAGAGUGCCAUCAGAAGAAGAACAAGGAUGGGACACUAUCGUGGGUGAGCGAGAACGCCGAGCUGAAGGACACCGAGUACCGGGCCGGCUUUGCUGAAUCAUAUGGCGAGGCGAACCCUGAGAUCGAGCCCUUUGACCCCGAGGUUGCCAUGCGUAGGGGAGGUGGCAGGAAGAAUGGCCGCUUGUGGAUGUGUGAUAGCGCCAUCGAUCCUAGGACCGUCCGGUCUAUGAGAGAGAUUAGGCAUGACAGCUCGAGCUCCUCCACUACCAUACAGUCUCGCCCGACGCCGGCGUCUAGAGCCAUUGAGAAGCUUCGGGAGGACUUUGAGAAUGAGAGGAAAGAGAGGGAGCAGGCACAGGCCCUCCUUGCUCAGCAGAGUCAGAUGAUGGCGCAACAGAAUCAGAUUAUGGCGUGGUUUACACAGAGGAUGGCAGCGUGCGAGUCCCAGUUAACGGCCCUUCUGCCAAGUGGCGCCACUCUUCCUACAGUUGGUCCACCUCCUUUUAACCUCAACGCAUGGCUUCAGGCCUCCGGUGGAUCCAACAACGCGGAGCUCGGUGGACCAUCGUCUCAGGACGAGACCAUGCAAACGCCUCCUACGGGGGGUAACCCUGACAACCCGCUCGCUCGCUCGCUCUUCUAGGACGUGCAUGAAGGAAGGAGCUAGUCGACGUUUUGAUUACAUGUGAUGAGCUCUAUGCAUGGUUGUACUCUAUUUGUGGUUUGGACUCUAUGUGUGAACUUGUAUUUUAUUUGUGGUUUGGACUAUGUGUGAACUUGUAUGAUCUUAUUAUGGACAUAUGCACUCUAUUUGUGGCUUUGGUUCUUGUAUGCACUUAUUAUGGACAUAUGUUGUGUUGUUUGAUCUUGUAUGUGAUCUAUUUGUGGCAAUAGAUCAUUAUAUUGUGCAUUACAUGUUAUAUGAAUUGAAUUAUGUCGAUAUUGUGCCACA